AUGGGUAAACCACGCGCAGGUCGGUCCUUGGCUGAACAGCUAGCUGAAUUUGAAGACCCUACACCCAAGGACUUUGAUCCUGAGGAUAUCGACAAUGGCCAGCAAUCAAGCGACGAUGAAGGCGGAAGUGACGGUGAAAUUGACGCUGGAAGAGAGCAUUAUGAGAAAGUUGGGAAAGCAAAGCUCCGCAAAGACGAACCUCUCGCGCUAGGGAAACAAUAUGAUGGUGCUCGGGUCAGCCGGGCGGCGCUCGGCGCUGACAGUGACGACGAUCAGAGCCCUUUCGGGAGCGGCUCUGACGAUGAGGAUGAUCACAGCGAGGACUCAGAGGUCGUUUCCGUCUCCGGCUCUGAAGAAUCUGAUAGCCGCAUGAGCCAGGAGAGCGCCGAUGAGGAUUCAGAGGGAAGCGAGGAUGGGAAUGAUGACUCUAACUCCGAUUCGGAAGAGGAGGAAGACCAGGACGGCGAUGAUGUAGUUCGCCAGCACUCCAAGAAGGGCAUCACCAACGUCCGGAAUGGUAACGAGAGCGGAGCGUCCGGAGUAUCUGGUGAUCGAGACGAAAUUCGGAGAUUAAUGGCGACAGAUCAAAAAACCAUUGCUGCAACAAUCUCCUCGGCAGCUAAGGCAGAUGCGACGAAGGGAAAGGCUGUGAAACAACAACGUCUUACGUUUGAUGCGCUGCUUAACGCACGGAUGAAACUUCAAGGAGGGUUGACUUCGAUCAACGGUAUUGCCACUGUCUUCGGAACGAAGAUCAAAGCAAGUGGAGAGCACGCGAUGGAUAACGCAGAGGAAGCGGCUGUUGGUGACGAGGACGCAGUGGUUGAUGAAGAAGCAAUCAAGUCAGCCGAGUCAGCUGCGAUGGCAUUAUGGUCUACUCUCGAAGACUUACGCUUCGCCUUGGCCGAUGCCACGGCGAAAGAAGGCAGUAAGAAACGCAAGAGGCCUCCCCCCGCCUCACUUACUACCAGUUCUGCCUCCCUUUGGGAACGUAUGAGUGAACUUGAGUCUAACGCCGUUUCACACCGACGUUCGGUCCUCGACAAAUGGUCCUCCAAAAUCCGAGGAACGUCUGCCUCACUUCCCAAUGCCAGAGGAAAACUACUCGGAUCUGCGUCCGGUCGCCCACAGACAAUUACAGCCGUACUCGAUGCCCAAGUUGCUACCGAGAUUGGAGAACGGUCUUCGAAGCGCUCUCGCACAUCUGACCCACAAGAUUCAACCUACGAUGACAGCGCCUUCUACCAGUCCCUUCUGCGGGAUCUUGUUGAGCAGCGCAUGGGCUCAACCGAUGCGAUGACGAAUGGCUUUGACAACCUGCAGCAGCUGCCCUCACGCCUGCCCAUUCACCCUAUCACUGGUAUGCGCAACGACAAGGUGAAGCGAGAAAUUGAUACCCGUGCCUCUAAGGGCCGUAAAAUGAAGUACAAUGUGCACGAAAAGCUUCAGAACUUCAUGGCCCCAGAUGACCGUGGUAUUUGGUCGAUGCGUGCACGAGACGAAUUCUUUGCUUCUCUGCUUGGCAAGACGGCUAGCGGUCUCCUCGGUGAAGACGACGAGGCUGUCAGUGAUCAAGAAGACGAGGUUGAUCGGGAGGAAGGAGGGCUGAGACUGUUCCGGAACUAG